GAAGGUACAAAAAAAAAUAGACCAGAUCUAAUGUCGCAGAGUUCAUAUAAAGCUCAGUUUGAAUAUUCAAUUUCUUAUGAUGAGAUUGAAGCAAUUGUUAGGGAAAAAAAGAAUGGUCAUGCAAAAGAAGUCUUGAUUUUGGACGUGAGGGAUGCUUAUGAACGCAAGGCUGAUGGUUAUAUUCCCUACUCUAUAAAUAUACCAGUGCCGGAGAUCAGAGAUCUACAAAAAAUGAGUAGUUCUGCCUUUGAAAAGAAAUACGGUGUAAAGAAACCACAAAAAACAGACCCUAUUGCAAUUUAUUGUAACAAAAAGCGGCGUUCCGCUUUCGUACAUACGCUUUUGAAGAACGAUGGGUAUAAGGUUGUUACAUACAUUAGAGAGGGCUUUGAAGGGUGGCAAAAGCGCCAAAAUGCGCAAUUGGACGAUGAUCUCUAG